GCUGAAUGGUUCCACAUUCCACUAUCUUCCACAAUAAUUUUCCUUCAUAAAAACCACUAAUACUAACAUUAUGAAAUCUAACAAGUGAAAAGAAAAAACCAUGUAUCUAUUAUACAAAAUCAUUUUCUUUUCAAUUCUAUGCACUUCAAGCGCAAUAUCACAAGACCCUUCAGGUGAAUUCUGCAACAAAAACACAAACAUUAGCAGUGGAGGAAAACUAUCAGCCAAUAUUGAUAAACUAUUAUCUGAAUUAGCCCUUAAAACACCUUCCACUUUCUUUACUACUACAUCAUAUGGUGACAACAAAGACAAAGUGUAUGGCUUAGCUCAAUGUAGAGGAGACAUCAACACACAAGACUGCACCAGUUGUAUCCAAGAUGCAGCAAAACAAAUCCGACAACGUUGUCCGAACCAAGCCGACGCAAGAAUUUGGUAUGACUAUUGUUUUUUAAGGUAUAGUAACAAGAGUUUCACUGGUGAAGUUGAUACAUCUUUUGGUAUAAUUUAUUAUAACACUGGAAAUGUAACUGAUUCUGAGGUUUUUAAUAAAAAACUUGGAGCUUUAAUGGAUCAAGUUAGAGGAGAAGCUGUUGUGGCUAAAAAUAAAGGGCUUGGAAAAGGGAAAAGUGUGUUGUCACCAUUUGUGACAGUUUAUGGUUUGGUUGAAUGUACUAGGGACUUGGAUGAGGUAUCUUGUGCUCAGUGUUUGGCUAUUGCUGUGAGCAAUUUUCAAACUCUUUGUAAUGAUCGUAAGGGGUGUAGGGUUUUGUAUAGUUCUUGUUAUGUUAGAUAUGAAUUGUACCCUUUUUUCUUCCCUCUUGAUUCGAGUAAAACAAGAGCUUCUAGUGUAGGAAAGGUUGUUGUUUAUCCUUAAAAAUAUAGCAUUUCUUAGUGCUCAAGUGUAUUGCUAUAUAUCAUCUUUUGAAUAUGGAAUUUGUAUUUGAAAAUAAGACUUUGUUGUCAAUAAAUAUAAGGAAAACGAAUGGUAGUUGAAGAUGAAUGAGAAGUUGUUUCAAUAUAUUAUGUAAUUUUGCAUUACUCAAAUUAUGCAGAUAGUUUAAAUGCUAUGUAUGAUGUUUAUUUA